AUGGCCAGUAAUCUUUCCCCAGGUUUCUUCAUGGAAGAACUAAAUAAAUAUCGUCAGACACAUGGAGUAACAGUUACAUAUCGUGAAGUGACUAAGCGUGGACCUCAAAAUGACUUACGGUUUACAUUUCAAGUUAUAAUAGACGAGAAAGAAUUCCCACAGGCUGAAGGCAGAACAAAAAAGGAAGCAAAAAAUGCUGCAGCCAAAUUAGCUGUUGAGAUGCUUGCUAAAGAAAACAAGCCAGUUAGCCGUUUGUCACUGACAACAGCAAAGACUUCAGAAGGAUCAUCCCUUGGGAAUUACGUGGGUCUCAUGAACAGAGUUGUUCAGAAGACAAGACUGGCUGUGAGUUAUGAGCAAUGUGACCUAACAGAGCAAGGGCCCAAAAGGUUUCAUUGUAAAUGCAAAAUUGACCAGAAGGAAUAUGGUGUCGGUGUAGGCUCUACUAAACAAGAGGCCAAACAGUUGGCUGCUAAAAAUGCAUAUCUCCGGGUACUGUCAGAAGGAACUGGAAUGAAGGUGGACUCGAUGUCCUGUGGUUCUUUUUCCCCUGUGCCUAGCUUUGAAACAUCCACCAGCUCAUGUGCUUCUGAAUCAUCACGUGAAAAUGAUUUUUCAGCAAAUGCAUCAACAAGAAACAAUUUAAAUGAUUCUUCAUAUUCUAUGAAUGAUCACAGAAGUAAUUCAAAGAAGGUACAAAGGUGUUUGGCCCCUACAUUUGUCCCUCCUGAGAUGAAAGAAAACAGGUAUACCGUGGAAGAAAGGUUUUCCAACGAUUUUGAAGAAAUAAAACCAAUUGGCUUAGGUGGAUUUGGCCAUGUUUUCAGAGCAAAACACAGAAUUGACGGAAAGACUUAUGUUAUUAAACGUGUUAAAUAUAGCAACGAGAAGGUGAAGCGUGAAGUGAAAGCACUGGCACAGCUCAGUCAUGUGAAUAUUGUUCAAUACAAUGGUUGUUGGGAAGGAUUCGAUUAUGAUCCCGAGAGCAGUGAUUACAAUACUAAGAGCAGCAACUGCUUUACUGAGAACAGCAUGAACAAAUCAAGGAAUUUUAUGUCCAGAUCAAUGACUAGGUGCCUUUUCAUCCAAAUGGAAUUCUGUGAUAGAGGGACGUUGGCUAAAUGGAUUGAUGACAGAAUGGGCGAGAAACCAGAAAAGGCUUUGGUUUUGGAAUUCUUUGAACAGAUAACAACAGGAGUGGAUUAUAUCCAUUCAAAAAACCUGAUUCAUAGAGAUCUUAAGCCACUUAACAUAUUUUUAGUAGAUGAAAAACAAAUAAAGAUUGGAGACUUUGGACUCGUAACAUCCCUGAAAUAUGAUGAAAAGCGAACACAUAAUACAGGAACUCUGCAAUACAUGAGCCCAGAGCAGAUUUCUUCCCAAGAAUAUGGAAAGGAAGUGGACAUCUAUGCUUUGGGGCUGAUUCUCGCUGAACUUCUUCACAUACCUGGCACCUAUAUGGAAAAAGACAGGAUUUUCAGUCAUCUAAAGAAUGACAUCUUCCCAGAUGUAUUUGAUAGCAAAGAAAAAGCUCUUUUGAAGAAAUUACUCUCAAAGAAACCCGAGGACCGACCUAACACAUCUGAAAUACUGAAAGCCUUGACCCUGUGGAAGAGUAGCCCACAGAAAGAGGAGAGAAACACACGUUAAGACCCUUCUGAAAAAGGAUUCUGCUUCUGAUACAUGACUUUUCUUUAUUUCCCUAAAAUCUGCUAUGGAACGUGAAUAAGUAUUUAACUUAUUUUCAUUUUUCCCCUUAAUUGUUUACUGUAUUUGCAGGAAGAUUUUUAUCUCUUUGUUUCAAAACGAUUCAUACAUUUGACUUUUUCCUGGGUCAUCUCUUUGUUCUAAAGAUAGGAAAAGGUCUUAAAUUUUAUUCUUUACACUAUUAGUGAAUCAAUCAAUUCAUCCAUAUUUGUUAAAUGUCUACUCUUUCUGGGCCAAAAGCUGUAAGUUCUUUAUCUGCCUAAAAGAGUUUAUAAGCCAGUGGAGAAAUAUGGUAACCAUAAAAAGAUAAGUUACAUACAACAACUUUGGAAAAACAAUUUAGCAUUAUCUAGUAAAGUUGGAGCCAUGUAUGCCUGCAAAACCAUCAAUUCCAUUCCUACAUACAUGCCUACAAGAAUGUUCAUAGAACCCCUGUUGAUAUUAGCCAAAAUAACAGGAAACAACCAGAUUGCCCAUCAAAAGAAGAAUGGAGUAAAAAAAAUUAUAUUCACCCAUUGGAAUAUUAUAGAAUACUGAAAAAUAAUGAAUUACAGCCAAAUGCAGUAUUAUAACACAAUACCCCUCUCAGGAACAUAAUGGUAAGCUAACCAAACAGAUUUCAGAAAAUAUAUACAGAACAAUUCCAUUUAUAUAAACUUCUAUAACAUGCAAAACGAAGUGAUUUUGUUUAAGAACCCAAACAAAUGUGGUAAGACAAUAAAAGAAAAGAAUGAGAAAUAUUAA